GGCCCCGACCAUCCUCUCAAGAAAAAAAAAAUCGGUCCGCAGUUGAAUCUAGUUGAUUAUCCCUGGGCUAUAGUCUAGUCCGUGCACAUUUUUUGGACUAGACCUAAUCAAAAAUGAUUUUACAAGAAACCUCCUCGUAAACUGCCACGUAGUAUUACACAGUGCAGGUAUUGGUUAAGCAGGGUUUGAAUAUCCAUUGAUGUGUGUAAUGCAGCCUUGUUUUAUUUACACCAUCCCAGCAGCUAUCUUAAUAAUUAAACUUUGUUCUGUGCAUCUUCGAGCAUGCACUUCCUAGCCUAUAGCCUAUAGAUCAUUUGAUUGAGACCACACUAAAUAGCCAGUUCGCAGUUGUAAAUGAGAACUUGUUCUCAACUGGCCUACCUGGUUAAAUAAAGGUGGAAUUUUUUUUAAAUCUAAAAAUAAUAUGAUAUUGAGCGCCCAGUAGAGAAUCAGAGAUGAGGGGCGGCAUCCGGCACACAUCUAUAUGUAGCCUAAUAAUCAACUCAUUAUAAAACACUCCGAAAUAUUGAAAUGUAAUUAAUGACAUGACCCUUCUUUCCCCUGGACUAGAUUUAAAUAAUACUAACCCCUCCCCUUGACUGAAAUUGAAAAAGCAUGACCCACCCCCAUAUUCCUACUGUAAAUACAGGUUUUUCAAGAGGCCCAAUAAUCACCUCUGUAGCAGCCUAGUUAUAAUAAUUUUAAUUGUGGUCUAACAUUAAUUACUGAUUAAAAUACUUGGGCAGCUUAUAGCUUACAGCUUAUAGCCAAAUCGGUUAGAUACAAAAUAUCUAGAAGGCCCUAGAAUGUAAGAGAACAUGAUGACAUGGGAUAAGACAAGUAAAGUAGUAUUGGUGUUGUACUUUAGGCUAAGUCAAGUCUAUAGAGGGCCUAUCUUUAUCUGCUGUUUGUCUUUCCUUUGGCCACCUCUGGCUGAAUGAGAUAACAUGUUGGCACAUUAAACAUUGGUGUGGGUCGACCCACAGAUCUAUACACACACUUUUGUUUAUAAGACAGACAAGUCAGAGAAGACAAGUGCAGCAUAGGUAAUGACCGUUGGAAUGGAGUUACCAAUGCCAUAGGCUAUUCACCAAUGACAUCAAGGGAUGGCAUUGCUCAUUCAUUCGUUGAGAAAAGGCAAACUGGAUAUGUGGAACGACAAUAAAAAGCAUCUUCUGCUCCAACUAUGACAGUGUGGGGGUCCAGAGUGAAGCGCUACAUGGGGCCUAACGUCUACACGGCGCCUCCAGAUGGUGGCUGGGGAUGGGUGGUGGCGGUCUCCUUCUUCCUGGUGGAAGUGUUCACCUACGGAGUCAUCAAGAGCUUGGGUAUCUUCCUCCAGGACCUGAUGGGGGAGUUUGGGGAGAGCAACAGCCGAGUCUCUUGGAUCAUCUCCAUCUGCGUCUUCACUAUGAGUUUCACUGCUCCUCUUGCUUCUAUAAUGACCAACCGAUUUGGGUUCCGGCCAGUUGUUAUGAUUGGUGGACUCCUCAUCUCCAUAGGAACCAUCGCCAGUGGCUUCACCAACUCCAUCAACGAGAUGUACAUCACCAUUGGACUCGUUGCAGGCCUGGGGUACUGUCUGACCUUCCUGCCCACCGUCACCCUACUGUCUCAGUACUUCUCCCAGCGACGUUCCCUGGUCACAGCUGUCGCCUCCACGGGAGAGUCCUUCUCUGUGUUCGCCCUCGCCCCAGCAUUCUCUGCUCUGAGGGACUGUAUCGGCUGGCGUUACACUCUGGUGGUGAUCGGAGCUCUGCAGGGCAUCAUCAUCAUCUGUGGAGUUUUGCUAAGACCAAUCUUCAUCAGACCUGGACCAGCCACUGAGACAGAGACAGGUGGACUGGCUGACCAAGAGCUGAAGGCUCUGAACACACAGGAGGAGUCCUACACUAAGGAGAGACUGUACACUAAGGACAUUUCAUAUGCUAAGGAUAGCUAUUACACACCGCAGAGUUCCUACUCUCAGGAGAACAAGCUGACUCAUUGUUACUCCCUGAGCUCUGAGUCUGAGGACUCUGGGGUCCAGUCCCUCCAUCACCAGGUCCUGGAUGAUGGUAGCAAGGCAGGGAUGGAAAGUCCUCUGAAUGGGAUAGAGGAGAAGGGAGAAAAGGAGGGAAAAGAGAGAAGAGAGAAGGAGGCUUCUUCACAGCUGUGCUUAGGAAGCAAGAAGGAGAUGGAGAAGGACGAAGAGCAGACAUGGACAGUAUCCGCCCAAAAGCCCAAACUCCUUGACUUCUCCGUGCUGAGAGAAGGCAGCUUCAUUUGCUAUGCUCUCUUUGGCCUCUUCGCCACAUUGGGUUUCUUUGCCCCUCAGCUCUACAUCAUUGAGCUGAGCGUGAGCCGUGGCGUGGAGCGUGACCGUGCAACCUACAUGCUCUCCGCCAUUGCGGUUGCAGAGAUCUUUGGUCGCCUCUCCAUUGGUUGGGUGCUAGGCAGGAAACUGUUUAGAGGCAGGAAGCCCUUGGUGCUGCUAGGAUGUGUAAUCCUGCUGUGCCUCGUGCUGGUGGCCUUUACCCUGGUGUGGGAGUUCUGGGGCCUGGCGAUAUGUUGUGGGUUCUAUGGUUUUUUCAUGGGCACUGUGUCAUCAACGCAUAUACCCAUGCUAGCAGAGAAAGAUGUGGUGGGCAUAGAGAGGAUGGCGUCGGCCGCGGGAGUCUAUGUGUUUAUACAGAGCUUCGCUGGGCUGGCCGGACCACCUCUAGGAGGUGUUCUGGUGGACCUGACUCAGGACUACGGCUCAGCUUUCUACUCCUGUGCAGUGGGUAUGGGUUUGGGAGCUGUGUUCCUGGGACUGGUACGACCAGCCAAGAGAGGCUUGCCCUGCUGCAGCAAGAGGGGGCCUCAAAAUUGCCCAGAACCAGGGAACCCUGUACCUCAGCGAGAGGGGAAGGAGGCCCAGGACAGAGAUAGUCUUCAGGACUUCCUAGAAGUUGACCUUGAUUUGGACCAGAAACAGGAAAUCAUUACUGAAAAAGGCCAACUGAUGACAAUCUCUACUUGAAAAGACAUCACACAGCUCAGAAGGAAACCCCAUAAGAGUCUGAACUGAAGUCUUGGCUAAGCUAGUGCUGAUUGAGACAAAUCAGACAAAUAUGUGAAUAAAGAAUGCCAUGGACGGAUAAGGAAUCUCUAUCGUGUGAUUUCAGAUCUGGUUUCGGGAGUCUGGAGAGGUUUCAUAUCUCCAGUCACUCACACUGAACAAAGGAAAGGGCAUACUAAACAUCCUGGAUGUAAGGGGUGAAAUUAGCACUACAAACCUUGUUGUAAACUGAGACAACAAUGUUAUUAUUGCUUCCCUGAAUAUCAAAACACUGUGUUUUAGCUCAUGGUACUGUUAGAGAGGAUAUACAAACAAUAUGUAGAGGCCAGUUAUUAGAUUAAAGUUGAUUCAACUUACAAUUGUAUCUCAUUUGGGAGUAAUGCUGAACAAACAUCCAUUCUCAAGUUGAAUUGUAUGCUCACUCAACUUUUAAUUUUAGGUUGAGUGAACAUACGCUGAACAAAAAUAUAAACGCAACAUGUAAAGUGUAAAGCCCAUGUUUCAUGAGCUGAAAUAAAAGAACUCCUAAAUUGUCCAUACGCACAAAAAGCUUAUUUCUCUAAAAUGUUGUGCACAAAUGUUUACAUUCCUAUUAGUGAAAAUUUCUCCUUUACCAAGAUAAUCCAUCCACCUGACAGGUGUGGCAUAACAAGAAGCUGAUUAAACAUCAUGAUCAUUACACAGGUGCACCCUGGGGACAAUAAAUGGCCACUCUAAAAUGUGC